AUGGAGCUCAUCACUAUCCUCGAGAAGACUAUCUCUCCAGAUCGGAAUGAGUUGGAGGCGGCGCAGAAGUUUCUGGAGCAAGCGGCCAUCGAGAACCUGCCGACCUUCCUGGUGGAGUUGUCCAAGGUUUUGGCCAACCCGGGAAACACUCAGGUGGCUCGAGUGGCUGCCGGCUUGCAGGUGAAGAACUCGCUGACCUCCAAAGACCCGGACGUCAAAGCUAGAUACCAGCAAAGAUGGCUGGCCGUGGACGCCAAUGCUCGUUGCCAGAUAAAAAACUACGUUUUGCAAACGCUGGGCACGGAGACGUACCGGCCCAGUUCAGCGUCACAGUGCGUGGCCGGUAUCGCUUGUGCUGAGAUUCCCGUGCACCAGUGGCCCGAGCUUAUCCCGCAACUGGUUGCCAAUGUGACGGGCCCUUCCAGCACCGAGCAUAUGAAAGAGUCCACCCUGGAGGCCAUUGGCUACAUCUGCCAGGACAUCGAUCCUGAACAGCUCCAGGAAAACGCCAACCAGAUCCUGACCGCCAUCAUCCAGGGCAUGAGGAAGGAGGAGCCCAGCAACAAUGUCAAACUGGCCGCCACCAACGCACUCCUCAACUCACUGGAGUUCACCAAAGCCAACUUUGACAAGGAGACGGAGAGACACGUCAUUAUGCAGGUGGUGUGCGAGGCCACACAGUGUCCGGACACACGAGUGCGAGUGGCAGCUCUUCAGAAUUUAGUCAAGAUCAUGUCAUUGUACUACCAGUACAUGGAGGCCUACAUGGGCCCGGCUCUCUUUGCGAUCACCAUCGAGGCGAUGAAAAGCGAGAUUGACGAUGUGGCGCUUCAAGGCAUUGAGUUCUGGUCCAACGUAUGUGACGAAGAGAUGGAUCUCGCCAUCGAAGCCUCAGAGGCAUCGGAGCAGGGCCGACCGCCUGAGCACACCAGUAAGUUCUACGCCAAGGGGGCGCUGCAGUACCUGGUCCCCAUUCUGACACAAACCCUCAUCAAGCAGGACGAGAAUGACGACGACGAUGACUGGAACCCGUGCAAAGCAGCCGGCGUUUGUCUGUUGUUGCUUUCUACGUGCUGCGAGGGCGACGUGGUGCCGCACAUCCUGCCCUUCAUUAAAAGUCACAUCAGACACCCCGACUGGCGAUACCGCGAUGCCUCCGUCAUGGCCUUUGGUUCCAUCUUGGAGGGACCUGAUCCAAGCCAGCUCAAACCGCUCGUCAUCCAGGCCAUGCCAACACUAAUUGAGCUGAUGAAGGAUCCGAGCGUGGCAGUGAGGGAUACCACGGCGUGGACGGUGGGCCGGAUCUGCGAGCUGCUGCCUGAGGCAGUCAUCAACGAAGUCUACCUACAGCCGCUCCUGCAGUGUCUGAUCGAGGGCCUGGGUGCUGAACCUCGGGUGGCCAACAACGUGUGCUGGGCUUUCACGUCUUUGGCGGAGGCGGCGUACGAGGCCACAGAGGCAGCCGAGGACCAGGAAGAGCCCAGCACAUACUGCCUGUCGUCUUCCUUUGAGCUCAUUGUCCAGAAACUGCUGGAGACGACCGACAGACCCGACGGCCAUCAGAACAACCUGCGCUCUGCUGCCUACGAGGCCCUCAUGGAGAUUGUGAAGAACAGCGCCAAGGACUGUUACCCUGCUGUGCAGAAGACCACUGUGGUCAUCAUGCAAAGGCUGCAGCAGGUUUUGCAGAUGGAGUCGCACAUCCAGAGCACCUCGGACAGAAUCCAGUUCAACGACCUUCAGUCGCUCUUGUGCGCCACCCUGCAGAAUGUUCUUCGCAAGGUGCAGCAUCAGGACACCGUCCAGAUCUCGGACGUGGUGAUGGCCUCGCUGCUGCGGAUGUUCCAAAGCACGGCCGGUUCUGGAGGCGUGCAGCAGGAGGCGCUCAUGGCCGUCGGCACACUAGUGGAGGUUUUGGGAGCAGAAUUCCAGAAGUACAUGGAGGCCUUUAAGCCUUUCCUCACAAUCGGCCUCAAGAAUUACGCAGAGUAUCAGGUAUGUCUCGCCACCGUGGGUCUGGUGAGCGACCUGUGCCGAGCGCUUUCGUCCAACAUCCUUCCGUACUGCGACGAGAUCAUGCAGCUCCUCCUGGAGAACCUCGGGAACGAGAACGUCCACCGGUCAGUGAAGCCGCAGAUUCUGUCGGUGUUCGGCGACAUUGCCAUGGCCAUCGGAGGAGAGUUCAAGAAGUACCUCGAUGUGGUGUUGAAUACGCUGCACCAGGCAUCCCUGGCGCAAGUGGACAAGACUGACUACGACAUGGUGGACUACUUAAAUGGGCUGCGUUCAGGUUGUCUGGAGGCGUACACAGGCAUCAUUCAGGGGCUGAAGGGUGACCAGGAGAAUGUCCACCCGGACGUGUUGCUAGUGCAACCUCAGGUGGAGUUCAUCUUGUCGUUUAUCCAUCACAUCGCCCAGGAUGACGAACACUCCGACGUGGUGGUGGGCAACGCGGCUGGACUCAUCGGCGACCUCUUGACGGCGUUCGGCAAGGACAUCAUUAAACUGCUGGAAGCUAAACCGCUAAUCAACGACAUGCUAACCGAAGGACGGCGCUCCAAAACCAGCCGGACCAAAACCUUGGCCACUUGGGCUACCAAGGAGCUGCGCAAGCUCAAGAACCAGGCCUGGUCAGAAAUAAAUGAGCCGGCAGCAUUACACAAGCAACACACGUGUGCAUUUGGACGUCUGGACGUUAAGGACAAAAUGGACGACGUUGUCGGCCCGAUUGACAAUGAUGACGACGACGACGAUGACGAGUGUCUGCCCUGCGGACAACUGACUCCUCCCUUAAAUGAAAGCCCCGCCUCCUGGCGGCGGGGAGGGGCUAAAAUCGGGACUUGUUGCUUUGGCGUCUCUUCCGACCGGACGGACAACGGACAGACAACGGAGCCCCUCCCGCCGACGACGCGUCGCCCGAUGAAAGCACUUGAGGGGCGGGUGCCAAAGGAAGCGGCUGCACUUGGUUUGGCUUUUGGCUCACUCAACAUUUUUGCUUGA